AUGGGGAAGAACAAUAAGAUCGGAAGCGUUGUGAGGAUCCGUCAGAUGCUCAAGCAAUGGCAGAGGAAAGCUCACAUCGGAUCCAAUACUGAUCCUGUUUCCGUUGUGCCUCCUGGUCACGUGGCGGUUUACGUCGGCGAGAAUCGGCGGAGAUACGUCGUCCGUGCGAAGCAUCUCAACCAUCCGAUCUUCCGACGGCUCCUCGCGGAGGCAGAGGAGGAGUACGGAUUCUCCAACGUCGGUCCGUUAGCGAUCCCUUGCGAUGAGUCGUUGUUCGAGGAGAUCAUUAGCGUCGUUACACGGUCUGAGUCAUCAGGACGAGGUAAUCCGGCGACGCUGGAGGAUCUCCGGAGAUGCAGCCACGUCGGGAUGGUGACGAAGAAGGCGGAGUAUCCGUGCGAAUCUCGAUCGUUGCUUCCUGGGAUUGCUGAAAAAUCUGUAUGCUAA